AUGAAGAAGACCGAGCUCGAAGCUGCGCUGGACUCCCAUCUGUCGCAGAACAAGAACCGUCUCGCCAGCGAGUCGAAGCUGAGCGAUUACUACGAGAGACUGGCCCGGCCGCCGCGUGGAUCGCCGAUUAAAAAGGAGCCAAAGGCCGAGGUGACUUCGUUCGACGGCUCCAGCUCAGUCAAGCGCUCGACGCGUAGACGAUCCGUCAAGCCAAAGGAAGAAGUCGAAGCAACGGAUGAGUCGGAUGAGUCUUCGCCCAAGUCUUCUCCUGCACCCGAGCCGGCUCCGGUUGCCACUCAGACCCCCUCGCGUCCAGCCAUCAAGUUCCCUUCCUUACCACCCUCUCCGGCAGUGGUAACGGACGCGAUUGACAGACAGACCACCAGAGUCCGCAAGUCUGUAUCCGAAGCAUGGGACCAGUCUGGCAUGACCGAGCGGACGCACAGUCUGCGUUCGUUGCUCAGCAGCACCUCAACCAUCCAGACCUUAAUCCUUAUUCUUGAGCUGUCCAGCGUAAUCAGUGCCAUCAUGCCCUGGAGGAAGUUCACUUUCCCUGCCAUCGAGGCCCUGAACACCUCUGCCUGCACCCACAAUAUACCAGAUCUGUUCAACACUUUCCAGCCGGCCUUCUGGUCUCCCCUGUUGCUCUGGGCUUCCACCAGCGUUGUCCUGCCGUCUAUUAUCGCGUACUUCUUCGACAUCAACCUUAAGAUGAGCCAGUCCGCCUCUCCCACCACACGUCGAUCCGCAGCUGUAGCUGCGGCUCAGGACAAGGGAAAGGUCUGCGGUGAUCCCUUGGUGUUCAACGUGGCAAAAGCCUUGAUUGCCUCCAUCGUGUACGGGAGUGGGUUCAACUUCUGGAACCUGUUCAGUCAGAAUUCUGUUUUGAAAGUUGUCAGUGCUGUUCCAUGGGGAUUGCAGGGCCUACUCACUGGCUCUGCCAUCUGCACGCUAGGAAGCCUGUACGAAGCCAUCUUGAGAAAGUAA